GGGCACGGCGCGGGCCUUUUCCAAAUAGACGGCGAGCGGUGGCGGCGACACCGGGCUUCCCGCUUGUGGGCGGCGGCGACGACGACACUGAGUUUCCCGCUUGUGGGCGUCCGCUGGAAACCAAAGGGAAGCGACACGGCGGCUUGUUGAUCACCGUAAAGCGGUGGGUGGAGGCGUUUCCUCAGACUCCAGCGGGGCGGGGCAGCGGCGGCUGUGUUGCAGCUGGUGAUUUUUUAUAUUUAAAACAAUUAAAGCGAUGGCGGCUGCGGCGGCGCCCGGGCCGUCGGUGUCGGUGUCGGAGCUAAGAUGGCGGGCGGCCUGGUGCCCCGGAGCGGGAGUCCGCCGCUAGAGCCGCACUGACAGGCCGGCGCCCGGGACAGGAUGGUGACGCUGUCGCGGCGGCUGCCUUCCUAGAUGAUCGUAGCGGCCUGGACCAUAUUCCACGCCACUCGGAGCCUGGUGCGAGGGUUUCUCCUUUCCCGAGAGCCGCCCGGCGCUGCAGGCCGCAUGGGGAACAGCUGCGUGUGUCGGGAGGACAGCGACGCCGGCGAGAACGCGGCGCCCCCGGCCCAGCGCUGUCACCAGCCGCCCCCUCCUCCGCCGCCAUCCUCGUCCUCUUCUCAUCAUCGCCAACAUCACCACCCCCUUCACCAGCAUCACAACAACGCCGAGGGCGAGCCUAGGAGCCGCUCCCGGGAGCCGGCGAGGCCGCCCAGGAGGGGUCGGGGGCCCCACGAACCUCGCAGGAAGAAGCAGAACGUGGACUGCCUGGUGCUGGACACGCUGGCUGUCAUUCGCACACUGGUGGAUAAUGAUCAAGAGCCUCCAUAUUCAAUGAUCACCUUGCAUGAGAUGGCAGAAACAGAUGAAGGCUGGCUGGAAGUGGUGCAGUCGCUAAUCAGAGUUAUCCCUCUAGAAGAUCCAUUAGGGCCAGCUGUCAUUACAUUGCUGCUUGAUGAGUGUCCACUGCCAACCAAAGAUGCAUUACAAAAACUAUCAGAAAUGUUGAAUUUAAGUGCAUCUUUAGCAAAACAGGAUGCUUGCAAUCCAGCUAAACAUCGCAACACCACUGCCGUACUGGGAUGUCUGGCUGAAAAGCUUGCAGGUCCUGCCAGCAUUGGUCUUCUCAGCCCAGGCACCUUAGAAUAUUUACUGGAAAGUUUGAGUGUACAGUCUCACCCCAUGGUCAUGCUUUUCUCUCUUAUUGCCUUGGAAAAGUUUGCACAAACAAGUGAAAAUAAAUUAACCGUCUCUGAAUCGUAUAUUAGUGAUCAACUACUAUUGUUGGAGUCAUGGGUAAAUCACAGAGAUUACCUUAAACGCCAAGUUGGCUUCUGUGCACAGUGGAGUCUGGAUAAUUUAUUUUUGAAAUCGAAAAGGCAAUUCACUUAUGAGAAGGUAAAUCUCAGCCACAUUAAUGCCAUGUUGAAUAGCAACGAUGUUAGUGAAUACCUCAAAAUAUCACCAGAUGGACUAGAGGCUCGCUGUGAUGCAUCCUCAUUUGAGAGUGUCCGGUGUACUUUCUGUGUGGACUCUGGCGUAUGGUACUAUGAAGUUACUGUAAUUACCUCUGGCGUAAUGCAGAUUGGUUGGGCAACUAAGGAUAGCAAAUUUCUUAAUCAUGAGGGUUAUGGAAUUGGAGAUGAUGAAUACUCUUGUGCAUAUGAUGGCUGCCGGCAGCUAAUUUGGUACAAUGCCAGAAGUGAACCACACAUACACCCAUGUUGGAAAGAAGGGGACACAAUAGGAUUUCUCUUGGAUUUAAAUAAGAAGUUGAUGAUUUUCUAUCUUAAUGGAAACCAACUACCCCCAGAGAAGCAAGUCUUUUCGUCUGCCACAUCGGGCUUUUUUGCUGCUGCUAGUUUCAUGUCCUAUCAACAGUGUGAGUUUAAUUUUGGAGCAAAACCAUUUAAGUAUCCUCCAAAUGUCAAAUUAAGCACAUUUAAUGAAUAUGCCUGUUUGAGUCCAGAAGAGAAAAUAAUACUUCCAAGGCACAGAAGACUUGCUUUAUUGAAACAAGUGAGCAUAAGGGAAAACUGCUGCACCCUCUGCUGUGAUGAGAUGGCUGACACAGAACUAAAACCUUGUGGACAUAGUGACCUUUGCAUGGAAUGUGCCUUGCAGCUGGACACCUGUCCCUUGUGCCGUCAAGAAAUAAAGACCCGUGCCAGGCUGAUCUCGCACAUCUCCUGAAUUUUUCACUUUCAGAAUUGUUCUGAUCACCAUCAUCAUUACCAUCAUCAUUAAUACCACGUGCUAUCGAGCUGGGACAUGAACCUUACAAAAUGCAAUGGGUGUGGAUGAUCGUAUUAGUUGAAGGAGCCUAACUUGGCACAACUUCAGUGGAACAACUUCAACAAGGUUGAUUAUGUGCAUGAAUAUAUUGCACCUACGUGGCUGAAUUAUAGCACUGCAUUGGUGACCCAGGUUGGCCAAUGAGGGAAAUGAUGAAAUGGUAUACGACAACAGUAGCGUGUUACUAUGAAGUUGGGAUGAAGUACAUUUGUUAAGGAAGAGGGACAUUGUUGGAUCAGUGUAGAGAAAUUUAUACUGUUUUUAACAUAUCUUGCCUGAAUGCUUGACAUGGACAUCAGCAAUGAACAUCCCUCAUCUUCAUAAGUCCAAAACAAAAUUGAUUUUCAAGAUGCAAGUUCCAGCUUGUUUCAAGAAUUAAGAGGUUUAUUUGUUGUUUUUUUCCCCCCUUCUGGCUGCAAGACGAUAAUGCUUUCUACGCUGUAUUUUUAUUCAGCAUCUGUAGCUCUCGGGCUACGGAAGAUUCCGAAGGAUAUAUGCAACAAUGUUUGAAUAAUGGAAUUUUCAUCUUUACACUAUUACCUGUAUGCAGAAAUGUUUACUUUUGUAGGCAGUGUUUCAUGAGGGCCCAGGCAUGACAAGAGUAACAAUAUCAACAUUCGCUGGAUAAAUAAUACAGAGGAAACUGAACUCAACUCUGAUUUGCCAAAUUAGUUGGUAGAAUCUGCGAUACGAUGAUUCCAAAGAACAUUUUUUUUUAAACAAAACAUCUUUAGUAAUUAACAUAUUUCACAAAUUUUGUUUUGAACGCAUUUGUAAUCCAUCCACAAAAACCAAGCCUCGUGGAUAGCAAGAUUAUAAAUUAUUUAUUUAAUACAGUACAUGUUUUACAGAUCCAAGAUGUUGUCAUCCACCUUUGUCCUUAAUGAUUGCAUUAACCACAUUUUGUAAUGCAAUAGAUUUCCGCCUUCUCCUCCUAAUUUUGUAUCGGACCAGAAAUGCACGUGCUGAUGACUUAAUUAUGAAACUUUGGUAUUUUGAAUUUGGUGUAGUUGAAAGGAUUCUCACAACUGGAUAAAUCAACAUGUGCUACAAAGUUUAUAUGAAGCAGUUUGGAAGUAAUUGUUGAAUUAAUGGGCUUGAAAACGGCACCAAUGCUACUUUGAAAUGAUUUGGUCGGUCAUGUUUUAAAUGGUGACCUGAUCAUACUGUACUGCAUUAAAAGUACUGUGGAAAAUCUCACUACAUUCCUAUUUACUGCUGUACAAAAACACACAAAAUAAAAAUGGUAUUCUUUGCCCAGUAUCAAACACCAGAACAAUUGGUGUUUCAGAAUUAUUUGCAUAAUAAAAUUUGAAUAUUUAAAGAC